AUGCUCUCAGGCAGUUCACCAUUUCAAUAUUCUUUUGAAAGUAGUAGUCUUGAGCAAAUAGCGAGUUUCUACUACAAUCAUCUCAAUUUAAAUAAAUCAACAGGUAUCUUAAAUAUAACUCAAGCAUUAGCUUCGUUAGAAAGUUACAAUUUCGUAAUUAUUGUGACCAAUGCUAUAUCGACAACAAAUCUUUCAGUUGUUAUUCAAGUUCCACCUUCUUAUAAUGCAACAGUAAUUUGGAAAUAUUCUAAUCAAUACGUAUCAGCUAGUAUUACAACUACUCUAGAAUAUUCAGGCAGUGCAACUAUACCAUAUAUUCCAAUAAAGAUUUGGAUAGAUGACACUAUUUCAACAGUGUUGACUAGUGAUAGUCAAGGACAGUUUAGUGGAGUUUAUCAACUAUCGAAUAAUUUUUUUGGACGUCAACUAGAAAUUGCUGCUUCACAUCCCGUUUUUAUGCUAUCACCGAUAGCUCAAGAUGUUGUAUUCGUUGAAUAUAUUCGAAUUUCAUUUUCUCAAUGGAUCUAUUGGAUAUAUGCAGCUUAUCCAGUAACUUUAACUGAAUUUGUUACUAUACAAAAUCAAGGUAAUUUUGAUUUGAUAAAUGUCACUAUAAAUUUGACAUAUAAUUCCCAAUGUAUUCAAUAUUAUUCAUUUUUUCCAUCCGUGAUUAAUAUUUUACCAGCAUCAUCAAGUAUAAAUGUAUCACUCUUAAUUCUUCUGAAUUGUUUAAUUUCAAACGAAUAUAUGACUUUUUCUGUACAUGAAUCUCGACUAUUUACAUUAGCUUCAUCAGCAUUUAUUCUUAAUAGUCAAUGGAGCUGUCGAACACGAAAUAAUUGCAAUAAUUAUGGAUCUUGUAUUGAUAAUGAAACAUGUUCAUGUACGAAUUCAUACUCUGGUGAUUCAUGUCAACAAUGUGCUUCGAAUCUAUUCGCAUAUCCAUCAUGUGUUCAAUGUCCAGUAUGCGUUCGAGGUCAAGCAAGAUGUAACAGUUCAGUUGCCAUUUGUGACUGUAUCGAUAAUAUACGAAUCUAUGGUUCAUUAUGUCAAUAUUGCCAACAAGGAUAUUAUGGUGCAAAUUGUGAGGCCAUUCCAAUUGUUUUUUCAUUAUCGCCAACAUCAGGUCUUGAAUUGACUAACGAAACAUUUGUAACUUUAACUGGUAACAAUUUUCGAAAUGUAUCAUCAUUCUGUCUAUUAAAUGAUGAAAAUCAAACGAUAUCCAUUUCGGCAGCAUUCAUUAAUACUCAACAAAUGGUAUGUGUCUUUAAUUCUCAUCCAGCCGAAUCUAUUCGAGUUCGUCUCGUACAAAAUAAUUCUGUCGUUCUUUCCGCGAAUAUUUUAAUAUAUAGAUAUUUGCCUAGUUGUCCAUUAAGCGGCUGCAACCAAGGAGAAUGUGUCAUGGGUAAUUGCCGAUGUCGAUAUCCAUAUUUCGGAAAAAAUUGUUCAUCAUUGCCAAUUCCACCUCGUCUUAUGUCGAUACCCAAUUUGACUUUAGUCGAAAUGUCGUCAUUAAGUUUUAACUUAUCUCAAUAUCUCAUACAAGGUGAUUUACCUUUAGCAUGGCUCUUCAUCGGAAAUGUUCCGAAUGGUCUAUCAAUUGAUUCAUUGACUUCAUUAUUACCAUGGACAUCAGCAAUAGCUUCAUUGACCGACUACAUCAUCACAGUUAAUGUUUUACAAAAUUCAACCGGUGUCAUUUCUCAACAAACCUUUUCAAUAUCCGUACCUUUGACAUACAACGUUAGUGUUCAAUUUCGACAAUCACAUCAAAUAUUGACGCAUAGUAUUACUAGAUUAGCAAUUAUUGGACAAAUCAAUAUAUUCGAUAAUCGAACAAUAUCUUCACAAAAUCGAAUAGCAAAUGUAUGGAUCAUGAUUCAUAAUGUUCGUCGAUAUUUAUCUACAAUAAAUAUACCUAAUGGAUCGAAUACAUUCACCGUUUAUUAUACUCCUCUAACAAAUGAAUAUGGAACUUUGUGUGUUGGCGGUCAACAUCCUGCUGAUCAAUUGAAUAAUAUUCCACAAGAUUAUUUGACUCUACUCGGUUAG